UGGUCCCGCCCCGGGGUCCCUGGCUCCUGGCCCCGCCCCGGCCUAGGCCAGUAGCUGCGCCAUUACCUGUCCUAAGCUGAGCGAGUCAGGGAUUCCGGUUCACAAUGGAUGCUGAUCAAGAGAAAGAUCUGCGGAAAUUUCUUAAAAAUGUGGAUGAAAUCACCAAUUUAAUUCAGGAGAUGAAUUCUGAUGACCCAGUUGUGCAACAGAAUGCUGUCCUGGAGACAGAAAAGAGACUGCUGCUUAUGGAGGAAGACCAGGAGGAGGAUGAAUGCAGGACCACCUUGAAUAAGACUGUGAUCAGUCCUCCACAAACUGCUGUGAAGAGUGCCGAAGAAGUAAACUCAGAGGCCUUCUUGGCAUCUGUGGAGAAGGAUGCAAAGGAACGAGCCAAGAGAAGAAGGGAAAACAAAGUCUUAGCAGAUGCCCUAAAAGAAAAAGGGAAUGAAGCAUUUGCUGAAGGCAAUUAUGAAACAGCUAUCCUGCACUAUAGUGAGGGUUUGGAGAAGCUGAAGGACGUGAAAGUGCUGUACACCAACCGAGCCCAGGCUUAUAUGAAACUUAAGAACUAUGAGAAGGCGCUGGUGGAUUGCGAAUGGGCUCUCAAGUGUGAUGAAAAAUGCACAAAAGCAUAUUUUCACAUGGGAAAAGCCAACCUGGCCCUGAAGAACUACAGUGUGUCUAGAGAGUGUUAUAAGAAGAUCUUAGAAAUAAACCCCAAGCUGCAAAUCCAGGUGAAAGAUUACCUGAAUCAAGUAGAUCUUCAGGAAAAAGCAGACCUUCAAGAAAAGGAAGCCCAUGAACUGCUGGAUUCAGGAAAGAACACAGCUGUGAACACCAAGAACCUCCUGGAGACCCUUUCCAAGCCUGACCGGAUCCCCUUGUUCUAUGCAGGGGGGAUUGAGAUCCUGACUGAAAUGAUAAAGGAGUGCACAGAACAAACUUUAUUCAGAAUGCACGAUGGAUUUAGUAUCAUCAGUGACAACGAGGUCAUAAGAAGGUGUUUUUCCACAGCAGGAAAAGAUGCAAUUGAAGAGACGGUCUGUGUGUCUGUUCUCAAGCUCUGGCAAGCAGUGUGCUGCGGGAACGAGGAAAAUCAGCGUGUGCUAGUGAUGCACCCUGACAGGGCCAGGCUGUUGGCCACCCUCUUGUCCUCCAAGGUCCUGGCCAUCAGGCAGCAGAGCCUUGCCCUGCUGCUACAGCUCGCCCAGACUGAGAGCGGACGGAGCCUGAUCAUCAGCCACCUUGACCUGACCAGAUUAUUGGAAGCCCUGGUGUCAUUUCUUGAUUUCUCGGAUAAGGAGGCCAACACUGCUAUGGGACUGUUCACAGACUUGGCUCUGGAAGAAAGAUUCCAAGUCUGGUUCCAGGCCAACCUUCCAGGUGUUCUCCCUGCACUCACAGGCGUUCUGAAGACAGAUCCCAAGGUAAGCAGCUCCUCAGCUCUGUGCCAGUGCAUUGCCAUCAUGGGAAACCUCAGUGCUGAGCCUGCCACCCGAAGACACAUGGCGGCCUGUGAGGAAUUUGGGGAUGGCUGCUUGAGCCUCCUGGCCAGAUGUGAAGAGAAUGUGGACCUGUUCAGAGAGGUUAUCUACACACUCCUGGGACUCAUGAUGAACCUGUGUCUUCAGGCUCCCUUUGUCUCUGAGGUUUGGGCUGUGGAGGUGAGCAGAAGGUGCCUGUCUUUACUAAACAGCCAGGAUGGAGGAAUCCUGACAAGAGCUGCUGGUGUUCUGAGCCGGACCCUUUCUUCCUCUCUGAAAAUUGUUGAGGAGGCCUUGCAAGCAGGAGUGGUAAAGAAAAUGAUGAAAUUCCUGAAGACAGGAGGCGAGACUGCAUCACGUUAUGCUGUAAAGAUACUAGCUAUCUGCACGAAUAGUUACCACGAAGCUCGGGAAGAAGUAAUAAGACUGGAUAAAAAGUUGAGCAUGAUGAUGAAGCUGCUCAGCUCGGAGGAUGAGGUUCUGGUGGGCAACGCUGCCCUCUGCCUUGGUAACUGCAUGGAGGUGCCCAACGUUGCGUCUUCCCUGCUAAAGACAGACCUCCUGCAGGUCCUGUUAAGGCUCGCAGGCAGUGACACACAGAAGACGGCCGUGCAGGUGAACGCAGGCAUUGCUCUGGGGAAGCUGUGCACAGCUGAGCCCAGGUUUGCUGCUCAACUGAGAAAGCUUCAUGGCCUAGAAAUUCUCAACUCUACAAUGAAAUACAUCAGUGAUUCUUGAGAGAUACGGUGUCUGUGUGCAUUUAGGGAACACACGAAUGCACACUACGGGUUGCUCCUAUGCUAAUAAAGACCUUUGAUAUAUCCACUUCA